GCGCCGCCCCAGACGAAGCCGCACACGUGCCGGGUGUUGUAGACACUGGACAUAUAGUCUUCAGCCUGGUGCCUGGAGGGCCGCCGGGCCCCCGAGAGGCCCGGGUAGAGGGAUCAGCACUCGGCCCCGGCCGUGCAGGCUUCUGUACGAAAGGCCCGGGGCUCAGGAGCCGCUGAGGAGGACAGUCCAGAGCCUGCUGGGUCGCCGUGGGGCCAAAACGUCAUUGAAAAUCCUGUGCAGAAAUGUGGGGCUUUGCUUUGAGCGAAGCAGUGUCGGAGUGGGAAACCUGGUGGCCCAGGCCCACCUCGACUGAGCGGGGAAAGAGGUCUUCUCUACCGGUGCUGACUGUGUGCUGCUGGAACGGUGUUUCCAGGUUAAACGCAAAAUGCAGCCUGAACUCUUCCUGGACCUCAUGUCUGCAAAGGGGUCCGCGUCCGCAUCCGUGUCCCCGGUGGAGCAGAGGGUCCUGGAGAGGAAGCUGAAGAAGGAGCGGAAGAAAGAGGCGCGGAGGCGGCUGCGGGAGGCGGGCAUCGCUGCGGCUUCAAGCCUGGCGAGCAAGCGCUCGGGGGCCGCGCUGGCCCUGGAAUACCUGUGCAGCUGGGCCCAGAAGCACGAGGACUGGAGGUUCCAGAAGACGAGGCAGACCUGGCUGCUGCUGCACAUGUAUGACCGUGACCAGGUCCCUGACGAGCACUUCCCCGCCCUGCUGGCCUACCUGGAGGGACUCAGGGGCCGCGCCCGCGAGCUGACAGUGCAGAAGGCGGAGGCGCUAAUGCGGGAGCUGGACCAGGCGGGCGCCUGCGCCCUGCCGCCUGGGGGGACCCAGCGCGCCCGGCAGGUGCUGCAGCUGCUCUCCUAACAGGCAGCUCGGGGGCGCCUGGGCCCCGUGGACCCCAGCAAGGGCAAGGGCCCUGGGUCUUCUGGGUCCUGCACCCGGAGGGCCUGCCUCUCUCUCCUGACUCCUCGACCAGGAACUCUUCAGAGGGGAUGACGAGUUACCCCCUCCACGGUAGAAUGCGGUCACUCUGAAAUGACCUAGCCUCCCGGUGGCGCGCAGGCUCCCACAGAAGCUUCUUAUUGUGGGAAACAUCUUGUCUUUCUACCAGGACUAUGCUAGAGGUCAGAGCUGGCCUUUCCUGCCGACUGCAGCCCAUCCGCAUGGGGGCAUGGCCCCCUCCUCCAGCGGAUGGUCCCUCCCAUGCGUCUUCGAGGCCACCUGCCUGCCUUCGCUGAUGGCCGGGCUGAGGUUCAUCCAUCGUGCCUCCCCCUGGCUGUAUUUUCAAUAAAAAACAGGCCCCUGGGGGCCGAGGUUCGUCA